AACCCUCCUUCUCCCUCGCGUGAAGCAUCAGCCGCAUAGCAGCAUCCCAUUCGAUUUCCUCCGGCUACUCUCUGCGACGGUGUGCACGGCAACCACGAACCCAAGACGCACAACGGUGCAAGACCCACGAACAGUGCUGUUGUUUCCUCUUCGACGAUUCGCGAUGCUGACCGGCGCGAUUCUUUCUGCGGUGGCUAUUUUUCCGUCUUACUGUACCACGAUGCAUUUCUAAACUGUGAGCGAAAAUGUGUGCUCUUGCACGGCCUCAAUGCCCACAGAUCUGAUCGACAGCGCGAGGACUCUCCACUGCGGCACGAGUUCGAUUGCAUAAGCGGCACCCAAGCAUUUUUUAAAUUACCCGCACCACGUUCUGCCGCAAUUAGAGUACCCACGAUCCGUGAGGCUUAGAUUUGUGAAAUCGAAUGAAUUGCAAAUUUGAGCCCUUUUUUGGCAAGGUUCAGUAGCUUUGAACCAAUUCGAGCUUAAUUGAAUACUUUCCAGCACGGAAUUGAGUUCGUUCCUUUGAGUUUUGGUGGAACAUUUUCAGAUUGAUUUAGGAAAUGCUCUAGCACUUUAGGCACUUUUAUCGUGAAAGCGACUAUGAGAAAUCAUUCACCAACUUCUCCAUUCCUUCUCUACUCCCUCUUUAAAAACAAGCCUCUUGGUUUAAAAUCAGAAAUUGCAGGAAAAACUAUCUUUCCUUUAUCAUCUUCUGGGCAUAUCAAUCAAAGCACGGAUGCUUCGGUGGAAACCUCGUCUAAAGUUGUCUCGCAGAGUAACUUAGUUUCUUUAGAGUCCAUCAAUGGUAAAUGUGGUACCUCACCCGAUUUUGCUUUAACUGAAAGUCAUGUGAUAAACACUCUUCUAGGCAACAUAAGUGACCCAAAAUCAGCAUUGGAGUACUUCAAAAGGAUUGAGAAGAAGAGUGGUUAUGUCAAGAGCACUAAUGCUGUAUCUGUCCUGCUUCUCAUUUUGAUGAAUUCGGCAGAGACCCAAAAAAUAGCUCAGAAUAUGCUCAAUCGGUUUGCGUCAGGAAAUUCAGUCUCCUCUAGUUGUCUUAUAAACGGUUUAGUAGAAUGCAUGAAGCUGUACAGUUUUCCAUCAGAUAUUCAGGUUUUUAAUUAUUUAUUGAAUAGUUACGUUAGAGCUAACAAAAUUGAAGAAGCUCUUCAUUGUUUUAAUAAAAUGGUAGAAUUUGAUGUAAAGCCAUCAAUUCAGUGUAUGAAUAUUCUUUUGACUGCUAUGGUUAGGAAAAACAUGAUUUGUGAAGCACGGGAGUUGCAUAACAAAAUGUUGCUGGAAGGAGUUGCAGGUGACUGUUUUACUUUACAUGUCAUGAUGUGUGCUUGUUUGAAGGAAAGAAAUAUUGUGGAGGCAGAGCAACGUUUUUUAGAAGCAAAAGCAAGAGGAGUGAAACUUGAUCCACAAGUAUAUAGUACUUUUAUCCAUGUAGUUUGUUUGAAACCGAAUUCUGGAUAUGCUUUGUCUUUGUUAAGAGAGAUGAGAGCUACAGGUUGGGUUCCUUCUGAGGGCACAUUUACAAGUGUUAUUACUGCUUGUGUGAAGGAAGGAAAUGUGGUAGAGGCUUUGCGGCUGAAAGAUGACAUGGUUAAUUGUGGGAAGUCUAUGAAUUUGGUUGUUGCAACAAGUUUAAUAAAGGGUUAUUGCAUGCAAGGAGACCUGAGUAGUGCUUUAGAUCUUGUGAAUGAAAUUUAUAACUGUGGUUUGGUUCCCAACAGAGUUACGUACUCAGUUAUGAUUGAUGGUUUCUGUAAGAAUCGGUGCAUGGAAAAGGCUUAUGAAUUUUACUCUGAGAUGAAAAUUAAGGGUAUCAAGCCAAGUGUUUAUUCUUUGAAUUCUAUGAUACAAGGGUAUUUGAAAUGCAAGUCUUUGCAAAAUGCAUUCACGAUGUUUGAUGAAGCAGUUGAGAGUGGUCUGGCAAAUGUUUUCACGUUUAAUACUUUAUUGUCGUGGCUUUGUAAGGAGGGUAAGGUAAAUGAAGCUUGCAAUUUCUGGGAUGAGGUGAUUGUUAAGGGUAUCAGUCCUAAUGCCGUUUCUUACAAUACCAUGAUACUCGGUCAUUGUAGAAAAGGUAAUAUUAUUGAAGCAUGUAAGGUGUACAAGAAGAUGCUAGAUAAUGGUUUUACCCCAAAUGUUGUUACCUUUUCUAUUCUAAUGGACGGUUAUUUCAAGAAAGGUGAUAUUGACAAUGCUUUUAGUAUAUUUCACAAAAUGAUAGAUGCUAAUAUUCUCCCCACAGACAUCACUUUAGGCAUUAUUAUCAAAGGUUUGUGCAAAGCUGGUCGUACUUCGGAGGGAAGGGAUAUGUUCAAUAAGUUUGUUUCUGAAGGUUCUAUUCCUACAUGUGUAGCUUACAAUACUAUUAUUGAUGGUUUCAUCAAGGAAGGUGACAUUAAUUUGGCCUUGAAUGUAUUUAGGGAAAUGUGUGAAGUUGGCGUUUCUCCUAGUAUUGUUACCUACACGUCCUUCAUUGAUGGGUUUUGUAAAAGUAAUAAUAUAGAUCUUGCUUUAAAGUUGUUGAAUGAUAUGAAAAGGAAGGGUCUUGAAAUGGACAUUACGGCAUAUGGCACACUUAUUGACAGUUUUUGCAAAAGAAGGGAUAUGAAAAGUGCAUGUGAACUUUAUAACGAACUUCUUGGAGCUGGUUUAUCUCCAAAUGUUGUUAUUUACAAUAGCAUGAUUACUGGGUUUAAGAAUCUAAACAACAUGGAAGCAGCAAUUGACUUAUAUAAGAACAUGGUGAAUGAGGGGAUUCCAUGUGAUUUGCAAACUUAUACCUCAUUGAUUGACGGACUCCUGAAAGAAGGAAGACUUCUUUAUGCAUCUGAUCUCUACACUGAAAUGCUUUCCAAGGGUAUUUUGCCUGAUAAUCGAGCACAAACAGUUCUCAUCACUGGUCUUUGUAACGAAGGACAAUUAGAAAAUGCACGCAAGAUUUUGGAAGAGAUGAAUGGAAGAAACUUGACUCCUAGUGUUCUCAUUUAUAACACAUUAAUAGCUGGACACUUUAAGGAAGGAAAUUUGCAAGAGGCUUUUAGAUUGCAUGAUGAGAUGCUGGGUAGAGGUCUUGUUCCCGAUAACACUACGUAUGAUAUUCUUGUCAAUGGAAAGUUCAAAGGCGAUUGUACUUUUAAUAGAGAUUUGAGUUUCUAAGUAGCUAGACUCGCCCUUCUCUAUUGUUCCCAAAAGAAAGCGUGGUUAUUAGGUAUGUUUUCUUUUUCAUUUUGGAAGCGUUAAGAGGCUUCAUGUCUCUGUCCCUCUUCAGUUUCAAAGGCUCGUGAUGUGAGGUAGCUUCGGCAACGGGUAAAGACUAGCAUCUUGUAAACAUCUACACAAAGGGUCUCUCCUACCUUAAGUAAUACUCAAGAGGAGGCAAGUUGAUGGUUUUCUUGGAGGUCCAGAACCAUAAACCUGAAGGCUAGCUUCAACUGAACACUCCACCAAUUGGUGUCCAGCCUAAACUUGAAUGAUUCGAGGGUUUAACGUGCAAGUUACACUAACUCAUACACUCAAGGAUGCUCUUGGCCCCAACUUUGAGGAGACAACUGAAACUUUAUUUUCAUUCAACUUCUCGUUACUAGGUUACAAAGAAACACAAGGUGGAUUUAUACAUGGCCAAGCAUGAAAAAUCUAAAAUGCAUAAUGUAAAGUUAAACAAGAUUAACCUAAUAAAACUAACUAAAACAAUUUAAUUAAAGUGUAGGGAAGGAAGGGAGUGAGGUUAAGCACGUAUGCCCACAAAAAAGGCCCAAUAAAGUUCUUGUCAACAACAACUACAAGGUCAACUAAAAAAAAUCUGAAGUUAACAAAAGUACAUUUAAAAGCCAAGGUGUUGGUCGAAAUAGCCAAGAUGUGCAACCUAUUAACCCAACUUUGAAAGAUCAAGGGCCAAAAUUAUAAUUUAACCUUACAAAUAAUGCUGGGCUUCUCCUACGGAGUAAGGAAAGGACAUCAGCCUAAAAAGGUGAAGUUCUUCCUUUGGAAAAUAGUGCAUAAAGCCAUUAGCACAAGUGAAAAUCUCCAAAAAAAAAAAAAGAAUGUCUUACAUCACUCUUUCUCCAAAUUGGUGUCCAUUAUGCAAGAAAGAAACCGAAUCACAAAGCCACUUGUUUAUACAAUGCAUAUACGCUUAGAAUUUCUGGACAACGAUUUUCAAUAUAUUCGAAUGACAUCUCACAUUUCCUAGGGAGGUAAAGGAAUUUUUGGAUAUGGCCUUAACGUACCACCCUUUCAAGAAUGCAAAAGCCCUAUUAUGGAAAAACUUCAUCAGGACUUUCUUUUGAAAUCUGCAGAAAGAAAGAAAUCAGAGAAUAUUGUAGAAAAGACAUAAACCUGCACAAAACUUUUCGACAAUGUUGUUUACCAAGCUAUAUAUUGGUGUAAACUGUCUAAUAUUUAUACUUCCUAUAGCUAUACCUUUCUCAAUGCAAAUUGGGAAGGUCCAUGGAUUAUACAUCCCUUUUGUAAAUUCCAAUCAUCAAUGAAAUUGUCUCUUAUAAAAUAAAUA